ACUACGUGUCGUGUGUUCCGUCUUGCAGCAGCGUGGUCUUUGGCGAGGUCCGUCGGUCAUCGUUGUUUUUUAUUCUUUCUCUCGUUAUCGUUAUUAUUGUUGUUGUUGUGGUCCGAACGGGUUCGUACAGUAUUUAUUUUUAUAAUUCGACGUCAGUUCAUGCGUCAAUCAGUGUAAGAUAUCUAUAUAUUAUCAUCUUAAACGUUAAUAUUCUAUGGAUAUUUUAUAACAUACGCGUUUGUAUAAAUCGUCGCUUUCUAAACCCCCAACGACAACGCAGAAAUAAGAUCAUUUUUUUAACGACGUUUUCCUUGUUGUGUACUUUAAUAUUAUAUAGGUCUCUAGUGCGGUCAAUGGUAUAUUGUUAAAAAUGAUAAUGACUUUUUGCAUUCGAAUAGGUAUGUUGUAAGAAUAUGUUCGUUUUUGAAAUAAAAUUUUAAUUUGAUAGCCGCCACAGGUUUCAUAAUUUCCGACUGCACUUUUAAAGAACUAUAUAUAAUAUUACAGUAUUUACCGUUGUGUUAUGUGCGAGAUCAAAACGGCUCUAUUGUUUAAACGUUUCAAAGAGUCGACCUAUUGUUCGAGGCCGUCCGUUAUUGGUGGAUAAAAUAGUGAAAAUUUUUUUUAAUCAUGUGCCCACAAAACCGAUUGAAGAGAAAUCAAUACAACGGCGGCAGCGUCGUGUAUUCAUAUACGCACGCAUAAUGGAGACAAGGAGAGACCAUUAUUACAUAUUGUAAAUCCCGUUCAAGGUCAAACCGAUCCAGUUUUUUUUGGCGCCACUGUAGUAUUAUGGACGUCGAUGACGAUGACAUAAGAUACGAACUACUGAGAACCUUACAACCCGUUCGUAGCAUCCAGCUAAAUCGUCAUGCGUUUGCCAACGGCGUAAUACGAGUACAAAAAGGGUUAUAUGUACAUGAGCCAGCUUCUCAGAUGUACCCGUUGUCGGAGGAAGAUAGCAUGACGUCCCCAGGUUUUGCGGUGGUGUCGAGCUGUAGUACGGUGUCGUCGCCUUGGACGCCCGGUGGGGGCACGGCCGGCGGUAACCCGGACGGGCCAGACGGCGGCGGCAACGGUAUGCGCAGCGCGGCUGGCGUGAACGCGGGUAGCAACCUCAGCCUGGACGUGGACGACUGCGAUGACGACAAGGAACUGUCGGCGGCUGAUGCAGAGGGCGUGUGGAGCCCGGAUAUCGAGCAGAGCUUCCAGGAAGCGCUGGCCAUAUACCCGCCGUGCGGGCGCCGGAAGAUCAUUCUGUCCGACGAGGGUAAAAUGUACGGACGCAACGAAUUGAUCGCCAGGUACAUAAAACUUCGCACCGGCAAGACACGGACGCGGAAACAAGUCAGUUCUCACAUCCAAGUGUUGGCACGCCGCAAGCUGCGUGAAAUCCAAGCCAAACUCAAAGUGUUUUGGCAACCAGGAUUACAGCCAGGCACAUCCCAAGAUGUUAAGCCAUUUGCUCCUCAAGGGUAUUCAAGCGGCGGAUCAACAGGUCUUAAACCCCCGUCUACUGCUGUAUCGUCUGAAAUCCAACCACCCAGUGUCCCACCUUGGGAUGGUAGAGCAAUUGCAACACACAAACUGCGUUUAGUUGAGUUUUCCGCUUUUAUGGAACACCAACGAGAACCAGAAAUAUAUCAAAAACAUCUUUUUGUUCAUAUUGGAGGACCAGUGAGUUAUUCAGAUCCUUUAUUGGAAUCUGUGGACGUGCGACAGAUAUAUGAUAAGUUCCCAGAGAAGAAAGGAGGCCUUAAAGAAUUAUAUGACAAAGGUCCCCAAAACGCAUUCUUCCUCGUUAAGUUCUGGGCAGAUCUCAAUUCGAACAUUCAUGAUGAAGCUGGUGCUUUCUAUGGCGUCACUAGCCAAUAUGAGAGCUCUGAAAACAUGAGUAUAACGUGUUCAACUAAAGUUUGCUCAUUUGGCAAACAAGUAGUGGAAAAAGUGGAGACAGAAUAUGCCCGAUUCGAAAACGGUCGGUUCAUCUACCGCAUACACCGGUCACCUAUGUGUGAAUACAUGAUCAAUUUUAUACACAAGCUCAAACAUUUGCCCGAGAAAUAUAUGAUGAACUCUGUGCUGGAAAAUUUCACUAUAUUACAGGUGGUUACCAACCGAGAGACCCAAGAGACUUUACUUUGUACCGCUUACGUCUUCGAAGUAUCCACGUCAGAACAUGGCGCACAACACCACAUGUACAGACUGGUCAAAGACUAA